AUGCCUUACAAGUCUCUUGCCAACCUCUCCCUGACCGCAGGCGCCAAUCACAGCGGUCUCGUUCCGGGGGUGUCCGAAAGGGAUCUUCUGCCCGCCCUGGAUCGGACCACCACGGAGUUGGUGAUCCGCUGUGUGAUCCCGUCUCUCUACCUGCUCAUCAUCACGGUGGGCUUGCUGGGCAAUAGCGUGCUGGUGAAGAUCUUUAUCACCAACAGCGCCAUGAGGAGCGUCCCCAAUAUCUUCAUCUCUAACCUGGCCGCUGGAGACGUGCUGCUGCUGCUUACCUGCGUCCCGGUGGACGCAUCGCGCUACUUCUUUGACGAAUGGAUGUUUGGGAAGGUGGGCUGCAAACUGAUCCCAGUCAUCCAGCUCACCUCCGUGGGGGUUUCCGUGUUCACUCUCACGGCCCUCAGCGCCGACAGGUACAGAGCCAUCGUAAAGCCCAUGGACAUCCAGACCUCAGGGGCAGUGACGUGGACCUGUGUGAAAGCCGUGGCCAUCUGGGUAGUCUCCGUGCUGUUGGCAGUUCCCGAAGGAGUAUUUUCUGAAGUGACACGCAUUGGGAACCUAGAAAAUGGCAGCUUCACAGCAUGCAUACCCUACCCUCAGACAGAUGAGUUACACCCUAAGAUUCAUUCAGUGCUCAUCUUCUUGGUCUAUUUCCUUAUACCACUCAUUAUUAUUAGUGUUUAUUAUUAUCAUAUUGCAAAGACCUUAGUUAAAAGUGUACAUGAUCUUCCUGGAGAAUACAAUGAGCAUACCAAAAAACAGAUGGAGACACGGAAACGGCUGGCUAAAAUUGUGCUGGUCUUUGUGGCCUGCUUUGUCUUCUGUUGGUUCCCAAAUCACAUCCUUUACAUGUACCGGUCUUUCAACUACAAGGAGAUUGAUCCAUCUCUAGGCCACAUGAUUAUCACCUUGGUUGCCCGAGUUCUGAGCUUUUGCAAUUCUUGUGUCAAUCCAUUUGCUCUUUAUUUACUCAGUGAAAGUUUCAGGAGGCAUUUCAACAGCCAGCUCUGCUGCGGAAGGAAGUCCUAUCGAGAGAGGUCAACCAGCUACCUAUUCAGUUCUUCAGCAGUGCGGAUGACAUCUCCGAAAAGCAACGCUAAGAACGUGGUGACCAAGUCUGUUUUACUAAAUGGACACAGUAUGAAGCAGGAAAUAACACUGUGAUUCUGGCCAUUCAACUCACGACCUAGAAACAACUUACUA